UAGCUGCCUUUCCUAUAACCAGAUUGGAGGCAACAACAAGGGAAAAAAACCCCCAAAAACCCAAGGAAUAUCUAACAGACUGGCUGUCUGGGAUGAAAGAAUUACAAAAACAAUCUCCACCCAAGACGGAGGGAGUAUGCAUGAGCUGAGCAAGGAGCAGGAAGAUGUUUGAUAACACGCAGUACCCCUAUAACUGUUUUAAUUAUGACGGGGACGACUAUCCAACCUGUAGUUCUGAUGAAGAGAAAAAAUUCACCAGACCAGCAUACAGCUACAUUGCCUUAAUUGCAAUGGCCAUUCAGCAAAGCCCUUCAAACAAAGUGACUCUCUCUGGCAUUUAUGACUUUAUAAUGAAGAAAUUUCCUUACUACAGAUCAAAUCAAAGAGCCUGGCAGAACUCCAUCCGACAUAACUUAUCGCUUAACAGUUGUUUUGUAAAGGUUCCCAGAACAGAAGGGAAUGAGAAGGGGAAGGGAAACUAUUGGAGCUUUGCAUCAGGAUGUGAAUCCAUGCUGGAUCUUUUUGAAAAUGGGAAUUACAGGCGAAGACGGAGGAGGAGGAACAUGAAAAGAGACCACAAAGAGCAGAGAUCUAGUGGAGGAAAAGGUCCCUCUUCCCCUGAAAUGUCUUCCAUGGAUUCUGGUUUGCACUGCAUCUCCUCUCAUGAAAGUAAAUGUGAGAAAACGCAAUCUGGACCCCGACUCUUGGAACCUCAUGGGUUUGUUGCAAACAAUGCCUCCAGCCAACAGAGCCUAAGCAACUCCAACCUAGGAAAAUCGGACUCUGAAAUUAAAUUUAGCAUUGAUUACAUUCUUUCAGCCCCAGAUCCUUUGCCUGGUCUGAGAUCUCAGUAUAAUAUGCAAGAUAAUAAAUAUCACCUACUGGAGUCCCAGCAAAUUAAUCUUCAGCUCUGGACAAUGUGAUGUGAUUUCUAGCUGGCAACAGAUUCGUUAAUGCAAUCUAUACAAAAGCCUUGUGUCAUCGAGUAAUAUCAGUCUGCCUUCUUUCUUCAAGUAGUGCUCAGAAAGGGUGAUAAGUAACUUGACCAGCCUGCUGAGAUAUCUGUCCCACAAGGACUUGCCUUUCGGCGGUUAAACUCUAAUACCUAACCAAUAGCGCUGUAUAUUAUCUUGUGACACCGUGUGAAAUUCUGGUCUUAUUUUCUAAAAUAAUGCUGAUGGCAGUUUAAACUGCAAGGAUUUUCUCUUCUUGAUCACACCAAUCUAUUUUUUGUUUGCUUCUGUCAUAUGUGCUUUACUAAAGACACAUUGGACUUACUUUCUGUUAUAAGUUAGGAUUAACUCCACUAAAGCAUAUAUAUAGGCCAAAUCUGCAGCAGGUAUACAGUAGUGUGCACCUCUACUGCUUUACAUUAGCUGAUCAUCUGGUGGGUUUUUUCCCCUUAGGAACUCAUUUAAGCCCUACCUUGUUUACUAUAUUCAGUGUUAGGGCUUAGACUAUUUGAGCAAAAAGUAGCACAGAUCAGUCAUUAAAGUAUUUGGUAAGUAUGGGUUUUUAAUUGUAUUAUUAUAGAUUUUCUUUUCUUGAAGUGAAGUGCUGUUCAAAUUAAUUCCAUAUAAGUUAAUGCUGAACUCUGGUAAACUUUGACAGAUUCAAACUUUCAGAGAGGACUGUGACAGACUUGCAGUAUCUAUGGAUAAAACAAUAUUCCUGUUGUGCUAUCACAAAGUUCCUUGAGACUCUGUAGGAAAGUCCUUGCACAUAUUUCAUUUUCUUAGCAUGAAGGAAGGAUUGGCCCUGUAAAGAAUUGUAUUCAUUGACAAAAUGCGAGACAGAGUUGAGUCUCCUACUUUCCUCAAGACAAGCUGUACAUUCCUAUUAAGUAGAUUUUAUUGAUUCCUCCUGCAAGCAAUCACCAAAGUGGUACUUGAUACAAUUUCAGCAAAGCUGGUGAGAUUUAUAAUUAACGGACAUUGAUGUUAGAUCAUGAGCUCCAUUUAAAUCUAACAUAGUUGCCAUCUACGCUGUUGAUGGGUAUUUUUUUAAGUUAUGGACAAUAAAAAAACGUAUGUCCAAUGCUUAGUAACAUGUUUCUCCUAAAACAUUUUGCACAAUUAAUUGUUUGACACAGUGCACACGUUAGUACAGAUUCUACGCAAUCAGGCCCUUUACCUAACUAAAACAGUAAAAUCAGGGAUCAAGAAUUCUAGGUGAUUUAACAGACAAUUGUAUAACGUAAGAAAAAAAUUCUGUCUUUGGAACAUAAACUCUAGGUAAAUGAAGGUAUUUGAGAUGAUGAUAAGAUUAAGCAAAAUUGUGCAAAAGAUACGCUCAGGCAUGACUUGAAUUUUUAUGCAUUUUGACAUUUCACUAAGUUAUUUUACAUUGUUGCUAAUAUAUACUGUACAUUUAUACUAUAUAUUCUUAUAUAUUGUUAUGGAGAAAGGGAGCAAUAUCACUGCACUUAUAUGUUGUAAAACUGCAUGAUGGAUGUCUUCUUGGUGUUAAAAGUAUUGCCAUGUAUCUACAGCCUGCCAGCAGCAGUAUUUCUUACAGAUUGGUUAUAAAUUCUCUUUUGUUUUGAAAAAUAUGAAACUUGAAAGUCCCAGGCAUCUCCUGAGCCAGCAGAAUUUUUUUUUUUAAAUAUGGCAGGUCGUGCAGAAGUUAUAUCACAGUACAGCUUCCAAAGUUUCAAGGAUCAAUUUCUUUAUAGAGAGAUUCUGCCUUCAGAUCGGAUCUUGAAAAGUCUUAUCAAGGGGUAUUCUAUGAAAUCAUUUUAAGGCAGAAUUAGGCUCAUUAAACCAGACUCAUCCCUUGUACGCAGGUGUAAAAAAACCCAUAAAGUCAGUGGACACAUAGAUUCACAUCACUGCUCCUUAAUCUUCCUACACAGUAGUAUAUAGGUGGGCAAGGGCAUGUCUGUAUCUAGUAUCUCUAUAUAUGUAUGCACUCCGAUGUGUGGCUGUAUGUGAUCUCUAUAUUUAUACAUACAUUAAUGUAUUAAUGUGUUAUAUGCAAACCAUUUUUCUUAAUAGUUUAAAAAAGGGCGAUGCUGCUGCUUAGUUUGUAGUCAUAGUAAAUCAGCACAGUAUAUUUUAAAUAUAUUUUUUUGCAGCUAAAUGUGCGAAUGUGCUUCUUACUACAUGUUCCUUGGUGAAAUUUUUCUGCAAAGGAUAACUAAAUUACAGCCAAAGUUCAUAAUAAGCCUUGACUAAACACAAUAGUAUUGAUUUCAAUGGGGUAGGUUCAGGUCUACCACAUAAUAUUUGGGCAAAUGUUAGAAAGAGCAGAAGACAGAAAUAUGGGUAAAAAAAA